AUGAUCCCCUUUCGGAUAACGAAACGGGCCCUCACCCGCCAAUAUCAUUCUUUACCGUUAUUGGAUACAAACGAACUUGUUUUGAAAGGAAUUCCAACUGAGGGCACCGUCGCAGGCCGGGAUUAUAUGGAAUGGGCGAGCAUUCGGGAACUGGGUAAUCGUAACUUCUUUGCACCCCGCAGUCGAGCCCAGCGGCAAUUGCUGCCCUCAAUUUCUCAAUAUGAGGAAAUCCUGGCUCACUGUAUGGCUCGUUGGCUGCUAGUGGACUACAAGCUAAAUUCGUUUCCUUACUUCGACCUGAAUAUCGUAACCGUAUACACAGAUCUGCACCAGUCGUUGCGGAUGUCGCGGUCGAUUCUCAAUUACUAUGCAAAAACAGUGCCUGAAGAUCUGUAUCAGCGGGUUAACUGCUACUUACUGCCACUUCACAACAACAAUGUUCAGGAAAACAUGAAAGUUUCAGUUCCAGACUCAAAAAUCACAGUCCUACAAGACGGGAUACUCUCAACUUCGCCGUCGUUUUUCAUCGAAGAUCCCGUUUAUGUCAUCAUGGCGAAUGAUGUACUGCGACAUCUGUCACAAGAUUAUGUGCGGAGAGUCGAUUCGACCUGGGAACAGCGCUAUUUGGACUUCUACGAGCAAGGAACUCGCCAUCAAAGAUUUAGCAAAACGUUAGACUAUUGGUGUAACGUCACCUUGGACACUCUCGCUUCAGAGCUUGAUGCCAGCGGGUUACAGGAAACAUACAUUCCAACCCGUUUGGUGCAACUAUUUUACCUGCUACAACACUGUGCUCCUGAACAUAAGCUUUUAGCCUUCGAUGCAGCUCAAGGCAGCGAAUCAUUGUCGGUGAUGCGUCAAGUACAUUCCUGGUUUUCCCCGCAAAAGGAAACGUUUCGUGCGAGCCAACCAUAUGGACCCCAAGAUCCGCUGAAUUCUGAUGAAGCAACGAGCUUUGUCUCGAAUUUUACAGAGCUGCGUAAGAUAUAUGCGGCAGUCGGUAACGGGGCCAAGGUAUGCCAAUCCAAAUCUUUGGAUGAUUUUGCAAGAGAUUGGUCGGAUAUUGAGGAAACAGAAUGUAUACUGGGUGUCAGUGACUUGGGGACUAGGACGCAGUGGAUGCGAGACGCUAGUAUAGGCGUUCUUCAUGCCUGA